AUGAUUGGACUUCCAUUGGAUGAUAAUUCAAGAAAACAAAUCUUCAAGAAGAAGAAUGUUAUUUUAGGAUUGAGUGCACUUGCACUCUUGGUUGUAUUGCUUAGUACCAACAUUAUUGGAUACUUGAAAAUUUUGUUUCAGUCGACGGGAGACAAGUCAAUUUGUCCAGUCUUCGACAUAAAGAGACCAGAUACCUUCACAAAGGAUAAUGCCACUGUCAACCAGAUUAUUCUGGAUGAAAAAUUUAGAUUGCAGUCUGUUCAAAAAUUGGCCGGGGCCAUUCAGGUCGACACCCAAAUUGGGGAUAACCAACCAGAUGUACCAGAUGCUCCAGAAAAAUGGACUCAAUUUAAGAAAUUUCACAAGUACUUACAGAAAACUUUCCCAACGGUGUACGAUAACCUUGAGGUUGAAACAGUGAACACUUACGGCUUAGUUUUCUACUGGAAGGGAUCCAAUUCCAAGUUAAAGCCAGUCAUGUUAACUGCUCACCAGGAUACUGUUCCAGUACAAAAGGACAGUUUGAAGGAUUGGACUUAUCCUCCAUUUGAUGGCCAUUAUGACGGUGAAUUUAUUUACGGUAGAGGUGCUUCGGACUGUAAGAAUGUAUUGGUUGCUAUUUUAGAGUCUUUUGAAUUGUUACUUGAAAAGGGAUUCAAGCCAGAAAGAGGUGUAAUUGCUUCGUUCGGGUUCGAUGAAGAGGCUUCCGGUGUUAGGGGGGCAGCGAACUUAGGUAAAUACCUUGAGAAGAAGUUCGGUCACGAUUCUAUUUAUGCCAUUAUCGAUGAAGGUCCAGGUUUACUUGAAGACCCUUUCAGUGGACAAAUCGUUGCUAUGGCAGGAACUGGUGAAAAGGGUUAUGUCGACAUCGAAGUCGAAUUGACUGCUCCAGGGGGCCACUCUUCUGUGCCACCAGACCAUACCUCAAUUGGUAUCAUGUCUGAAAUUGGAUAUCUCAUCGAACAUGACCCCUUCCAGCCAAUUUUGACAACGAAGAACCCAAUUUUGACCUAUUUACAAUGCGCAGCUGUACACAGUAAAAAGAUGCCUAGUUUGACCAAAAAGACUAUUUUAAGAGCAGGAUUUGACAAGUUGGCCAAUUCCAAAGUGUUGAAGAGCCUUCAAGCCAAUAACAUCACCAGAUACUUGGUCGAGACCUCUCAGGCUCUCGAUAUUAUCCAAGGAGGAGAAAAGGCCAAUGCUUUACCUGAAGACGUCAAAUUGCUUGUAAACCACAGAGUUGCUAUCGAAUCCACCUACGAUGAAGUCAAGGACCAUUUCGCUGACCGUCUUGUCCAAGUCGCCAAGGAUCAUGGUUUAGGAUUGAAUGCCUUUGGAAAGAAGAUUAUACCAGAUCUGCCAACGGGAAAUUUGCAUAUCAGAAUCUUCAGUCAACCAUUGAACCCAGCUCCGGUAUCUCCAUUGAACGAUAAGGUUUGGGAAUACCUUGCAGGUGUCACAAGACAUAUUUUUGAAGAUUACGUAUACCCAGAUUUAGGCUAUCCAAUUGUAUUGACUCCGGGCAUGAUGACAGGUAAUACAGACACGAGACAUUACUGGAAUUUAACGAGAAAUAUCUUCAGAUAUACUCCAUUCUUUUCAAAGGAUGUCAUGCAUGAAACAAACAUCCAUAGAGCUAACGAAAAAUUGAGAUUUGAUUCUCACUUACAGCUACUUGCUUUCUUCUACGAGUAUAUACAAACAGUAAAUACCCCUAGCGCAGAUAAUAAGUAG